AUGGUUAACCACCCGGUUUCCAUACUUAGGCGCGAGCCCAGGGCUCGCAUUCUCAGGCACGCGCACUCGCACCAUCGCUCGCUGUCGGCGGUGUCCUCCGCCCUGGCGAACAUCACCCCCCCCGCGAGCCCGGACCGGAGCACUGAUUCCGAAGAGCACGUAGAGCCCCCCGACGUGCCCGACGUCGCCUCGCAGAUCCCGGGGCUGUUCGAGGAGUCGGGUUGCGCCGUCGUCGCGCACCGUGGGCUCGGCAUGAACCUCAAGCCCGGCAAGGGCAUCCGCGAGAACACCGUCGCGUCGAUCAUCGCCGCGCACGACUUCGGAGCGGACUGGUCCGAGUUCGACGUGCAGGUGACCAAAGAUGGCGUGCCCGUGCUGUGGCACGACGACUUCAUCAGCGUCAGGCGAGGCGACGGCGAGGUUGAAAACUCGGCGAUUCGCGACCUCACCAUCGAGCAGCUCAAGAAGCUCGUCCGCCCCAUCACCGAGACCGAGGAGCCCGUCGUCAUCUACCGCAAGUUCGCGGGCACCCCCGAGCCCGCGCCGUGGAUCAUGGACGUGGAGGAUGAGAUCCCGACGCUGGACGAGCUCAUGUCCGUCGCGCCCGACGACCUCGGAUUCUCCCUGGAGCUCAAGUUCGGCACCCCCGAAGACUUCCCCGGGGGUAAGAAGGUGGACCCGGCGAGGAUGAUCAUGGAACUCAGGGCGACGCUCGCGGUGUGCAAGUCGCACCCUCGCCGGAGGGUCGCGUUUAGCACCUUCGACCCCGACGCCGCGACUCACAUGCGAGCGCUGCAGGGCUUGUACCCGGUGAUGUUCAUCACCAACUGCCAGCCCGGGCAGGACGACGUGAGAAGGUGUUCCGUGGAGGCUGGGAUCAAGACGGCGCUGGACGCGGACCUCGUGGGACUCGUCAUCCGCGCGGACGUUUUACGUAACGAUCCCACCGUGCCGACGCGCGUUCGAGCCGCGGGUUUGAUGUUGGGGUCGUACGGGGGACCGAACACGGAUUUGGCGUUGGUGGAGAGGCAGGUGGACCUCGGGGUGGGGUACCUGUGCACGGACGACGUCCCGGCGGUGGCGAGGUUGAUGAGCGCGAGGAGCACGACGCGGAACGCGGUGCUCGCGGGGGCGAGGUAGCCCUCGGAUGGAUGAUGAGACUGAGACGGGGGGUCAUUUUUUUCCCAGCCCGCGGGCUUGGGUUGUAAACUGGGGCGACGAAACAGGCGAAACGGGAGGAGGUUAUUUGAGGGGGGGGACGCCCACUGGGCGUGUUUACAUUACAGCUUAGCUCUCGGGGACGCGGUGGGCUUCGACCGGUCCUCUGAAUAGUAAUCACACACAGCGACUGCUCACG